AUGUACUUGACGGACACAGUUCUGAUCUCGGCAUCCUCCACUCUGCGUGUGUACGCACUCUGGCAAAGCUCGAGGAUGAAAUAUGUUUUCCCUGCGGUUGUAUUUAUGCUUGGGACGGUCCCGGUUGGAACGAAUAUCGUCAACUCGAUACGCACUUCAGUCUUUUACGUGGAUACUCCGCUGUACUUUGGAUGCUCCGAGUUCUUCAACAUGCCGCCGAAGCUGGACACAGAGUGUACGACUCCCCAACUGUUGGUGCAACGUUUCAUCCUCAACCUUCGCCAGUUCAAUCACGCCGCUGAGGCCAGUGAGAAUAGCUCAGAUGCGCAGCACUUUUCGCGCUUCUCUGUGAACUUCAGGGUGCCUUCCGAUUUCCUCGGAAAUAUCAAAAAUCCUCUGGACCAUGGCCCACCAGAGCGAGCUGGAGAAAAUGGCGAGGACGGCCACUGUGUGGCAGAAGAGACGCGGGAUGAAUUCGAAGCUAGUUUAUCGCCGCAGGCAGGUCCUGAUACCACACACCAGGACUCGGAAUUAACCGGUGCCAGCAUCACUCGGGUGCCGCGGUUCAGUGAAUGUGCAAGCGAAGGGGGCAGUAUCGGAUUUCCUGCUUAUUCGCGCGAACUAGGCGAGUAG